AAAACCCUAAUUCCCAACCCAGCCGCCGCAUCCUAUCUGUUUCCCUUCCUUCUCUCAGUAACGCAACACACACAGCAGCAACAGCUGCAACACGAUGCAGAGGAAAGAAAUGGGUAGGAGGAAAACGGGAAAGAGGAGAGGGGAGAUGGGAGGAACGGCGCCGGCGAGGAGCCGCUAUUGCCGCAGCCGCAUCGUCGCUGAGUCUCAAAGGGAGACCGUGUCUGGAGCUAUCGUCGUCAAGUCACCACGAGCCGUCGAUCGCACUCCAGUUCAGCCCGCCACCGCCGCACCUUCAUCGCCACCGCGCCCAUGCCGCGUCGCUGCCGUCGCCCUCACUGCAUCGCCGCCGUCGAGCUCGCAAGCGUGGAGGAAGCACAGCGCCGCCGGCUUUGUCGGACUUCCACCGUCGAACCUGUCCCUACCACCGCUACUGGCCAUACGCACAGAGAGAGAGAGAAUCUGCGAAAAAGGAGCUGCCGCGGGGUUUCCGUUGCCACCACGAGGCUCGGCUUGCCGCUGUGGAGGGUUGCCCCCUUUCCUCCACCGUCGCCGAAAAUCCAUCACCGGAGCUGCUGGGCUUUCCGUAUGUUGCUGUGGUGUCGCCGGAGCUUCAGGCCACUGUGCCGGCCGCCGGAGACCACAGCUGAAGCCUCUGGCUUCGUGGGUUCUUAUUGUUGUAAGUUGCUCGGCUGUACGCCAUUGUCGGAACCGAGCCAGAUUUGCCGGUAACUGCUCUCUCCUUUCUUGA